AUGCUCUUCGAAAAACUCUCAUGCCUAUUAGUGUUUGGCAGCAGUGUUUCUGCUUUCGUAUUGAACCGUCCCGCUUAUCAGUCCGUGUUGGAUGAUCAUCAGCUUAUCAAACAUUCCGCCAAUACCGACUUUGAUACUCUCUUUGAAACAAAAUUUCCGGAAUUCUACCUGAAAUACCACCUCAAUCACAACUUAUCAUCUAUCUUUAACCUUCACAAAACCCUUGUGGAUAUCCCAUCGUUAUCAACACACGAGCAAGCAGUAACUCACUAUGUUGUUCGGUUCCUCCAGAAACGUGGCUUGACAGUCGAGACACUGAAAUUACCAAACUCCACAAGAGAAAACAUUUAUGCGUACUACAAUGAUGGUGUCUAUGGAAACAACAGUCACAGAAAAAUAUUAUUGACUUCGCAUCUUGAUACUGUCCCACCUUACUUGGGCUACAACCUUGAUGAGCUGACUGGAGUAAUCACCGGCAGAGGUGCUAACGAUGCCAAGGCUUCCCUUGUGGUACAGAUUUACAGUGUUUUAGAACUUAUUGAAGAAGGGAAAUUGGAUCCUUUGGAAUUUGCUUUCUUGUUCGUGGUUGGGGAGGAAAUUGAUGGUGAUGGUAUGAAACAUGCAAUGGAAACUUUUAAGCUCGACAAUGGUGAGCUUAAGUAUUCUUGGGACGUAGCGAUUUUUGGAGAACCAACGGAAAACAAGUUAGGUAAGGGCCAUAAGGGUAACUAUAUGUUUGAUCUUGCGAUCAAUGGUAAACCUGCUCAUUCAGGCUAUCCGCAAUUGGGAGUUUCAGCUAACGAGAUUCUUGUGUCUGUCUUGAAUCAGCUAAUGGUCAACUCCCAUAAAUAUCCAUCAAGUGAUAUACUCGGCGAAACUACUUUUAAUAUUGGAACAAUGCAAGGUGGUAUUGCUUUAAAUGUUAUCCCAGCUGAUGCACAUGCCAGACUUUUUUUCAGAGUGGCCAACGAUUUAAAUAAAUUACAUUGGAUAGUCACAGAAAUCAUUGAUAAUGCUAAUGCCAACUGGGCCAUGAGAUAUCCUGGUUUUACAAGCCCGUUUAUUGAAGUCCAUAACUUAUCCUCGAAAGAGCCUCAAUUCUUGGAUUACGAAGUCCCUGGUUUUGAAUCUAUUGUUUUAGCUUUUGCUACUGAUAUUCCUGAUUUCACAAUUCCAGUGAAAAGAAGAUACUUGUAUGGACCAGGCUCAAUUUUUUCUGCCCAUAGUGAUCACGAGUUUGUUACAAUUGAUGAAUUAAUCGAAUGUUUAGAAGGUUAUAAAAAAUUGGUGGUGUUCAAUUUGGAAAACUUGUAA